UUUUAUUUUAAUUUAAUUACAGCCUUACAACGUAAUGUCAAAUUUGAGGAGGUUUUGGUAAAACGGGCACGUCAUGUUAUUACGGAAAUUAAGCGAACACUAGAGGCUGCUGAUGCAUUGAAAAACCAUGAUUUUAAAAAGAUGGGUGAACUAAUGACAAAGUCACAUGUGUCACUACGUGAUGAUUUUCAAGUAUCAUGCAUAGAACUGGAUGUUCUUGUCGAUGCGGCCAUUAAUUGUUCUGGUGUUUUGGGAUCACGUAUGACUGGCGGUGGCUUUGGUGGCUGUACUGUAACACUCUUGCAACGCAAUGCUGUUGAUAAUGUUGUUGCCACAAUGCGUGAGAAUUUCAUUAAGAAAUUCAAUAAAACUGCUGCUGAUGGUAUUGAAUUUUAUAUUUGCACACCAAGUCAAGGAGCUAGAAAAAUACAAUUGUAAAUAAAAGUACCAACUGUGAAGUGCCACCAUUACCAACCAACCAAACAGCGCACGCAGUGAAUAGUGUUUGACAAAAAAAAAAAAAACAUAUUUAGAAUUGAGUAAAAAGGGUUUUAGAUAGUAAAUAUAUUUCUAUGCAUUUAUGUAAAAGGUCUAAAUGUAAUUGUUUCUGUGUUAGAUUUAAAUUGUCCAAUGAAAAGUAAAAGAAAAAAAAAUAAAACAUUAAAAAGUUGUA